CGUCGAAGUAAGCCGCUACGGCCACGACUACACUAAACCACUUUCGAAUUAGUUCCGUGUAUUCACCGAACGUGUAGGGACGCGUCGUAUUUGUCAUUUAACUCAAAAUAAAGGCAUACGACUUAAAACCUUUGGGAAUUGUUCCUAGUGGGUGAAGUGGAGUAAAUAGACUAUACGAAAGGAUACAUAUAAAACAUUGUACAUGAACUACGGUUUUAGGACACAUCUAGUCUUUCUCUCAUCAUCUCUUAACGACUCGAAAUAUUGUAAAUUGAAACCAUAAAUACAGCGUCCAACAACGCCUCUGCCCCUUCAAUGGAACGUCAGCAAAUUCUAUCCUCUCUCCAAUUGCUUCUCCCUGGUCAGAAACAUGCCGUUGAGGAACGGUUAGUGAACUUAGCCGAGUCAUUUUUGGCGUGGUCAAAAACAAACGUUCAUCUGCGUCCAGCUGAAGAGCCAUCUCGUGCCUGCAUGUGUUCUCAUUUGGCCUGCGACUUAUUACGGCCAUCGUUGCAAUUGGAUAUCUCUCUUGAAGGACUUCCUCUCCCAAAGAAACGAUACCAGAAACAGUACGCUCUCUUCCAGGAGCUGCUUACACCUGUCACACAGAAACUCAAACUGAAAACGAGCUUGGGUGAUGAAGUGAAGCUUGUGUGCUUGAAAAUGGGAGCCCUGUCUGCUGCUCCGUUCAUUAGUAAACUCGCAUCUACCGUACUCACAGACGAUAUGCGGCCGAUGCAUCGAAAAGGAGUACUCACAGCAGCAUAUCUCUUAGUAACUUCUCGCAUGGCGAGUAAGGAUCCCUUUCAAAUAUCUACCACUGAAAAAAAUCAAGUCCAAGGAGUGUUACAAGAUACCAGUUCAACCUCACAGCUGCAUUACUGGAUGCAGAUGCUGAGCCAGACCGAGGAAUGGGAAAACGUACUAGCAGGCACUGACGAGGGUUACGGAUCCGGUCGGCAACAACCGUACAAACCACUCAGCGGGUUUGUGAGCAUGAUCCAAGUUGACUACGAAAAACGCCUUUUACGUUUGGAUGCCUGGAAGCAGUCCAUUUAUGAGUUGAUUGAUGAAACUAGCACUACCAAGAACGAAAACAUGAGCGAGAAGGUUGCUGAUGUUGACAUGGCCGCGUAGUUGAACACGAAGACCCACCGACGGUAUUAGUUUGCAUCGGCUCGGGCCGUUCAAUCCCAAUGCACCAAAAUGUAUCAACACAGUCCACCCCUUCAAUAUCCUCUACUUUCUCUCAAUCGACCAUUCCAUCUCAACAAUGGAAACUUCCUCACCGGCCUUUUCAUCGUAAUCAUACCAAUCCUCGUCGAGCUCAAUUUCCGCGAAAGAAGUGUUGCUAUCCACUCCUCGGGCUGUCCAUACGCCUUGAGGGACAAACUCAACGGGUUCACAGCCACGGCAUUCGAGGGUGAGCAGUUUUUGAGGAUGCUUUUCGCCGGUGUACGGAGAGAAGGGGCUUUCGAUGACAGCAGUGGAAGUUCGCUGGCAGUUUUUGCAUGUCCAAACGAGAUGAGCACUUCCAUGACCUGAGGGGAGCUCGUGCUCGUCGGAGCGACACAUGCCCAUGAAAUUGUCGUGCACUUCACGGCACGAAUUGCAUUUCACACGAAAUGUGUACGAGUAACUCGUUUCGUCUGCAGGAGCAAGAUCCGUCACCCCGUUCACUUCAGCACUAAGGUACAACGAAAAACGAACCAUAACUAAUGGUGGAGAUGGAGCAAGGAGGACGGAGGGAUGGUUCGAACUGGCGACUGUACUGGGGUAACGAAGCUGGCCCAAAAAAUUUGCCGUCCAACUGCCUAACCGUCAUCAACACAUUUGUCAACAAACCAAAAAAGAGACACGAAAAAAGUAAACAAGACUCGUUCCUACACACCGGAACCUGCGCAAUCUUCUGAACGUUACUCCCUCACACAUGUUCACACCAAUGCGCCUUCAAACACAGCCCUCUCUCGUAUCUCCGGCGCCACAUACCAAUCAUUUUUUCUGUACCGACCAAUGGCAAGUCAACGCGAUGUAAAGGCGAUUUCUAGAUAUCGUCUCUUCUGGACUCAGUUGUGUACUAUCAAAGGCAUUGGCCCCAGCGAAACGAGCGCACUUUUUUGCGACAUUUUCCGCGUAUCGGCGACCACAAAUUCUCCUUGUUGCAUCCAAUUCCGGCACAAACUCUGACUAGGCGCUUUACCCCCACUGCUAAUCCCACUCCACCACUCCACCAAGCGGUCUGACUUCACAGCCCGCACGGCAUGGUCAUUGUGGCAUUGGUGCGGCUUUAAUAUCCACGCUUUUG